AUGGCUGAAGAUAAGACAGGAUUCAAUGAUCCAAUUCAUGGCUACAUGGAAUUUGAUCCUCUGUUGGUUGAUAUCAUUCACACUCCAUGCUUCCAAAGAAUGAAAGACAUCAAGCAGAUGGGCGUUUCAUACUGGGUGUUCCCUGGUGCUGCGCACAAUCGUUUUGAACACUCUCUUGGCACUGCGCACCUGGCUGGGAUGAUGAUUGAAAGAUUGAGAGAUAUUCACAUAAAAGAUAAUUAUAUUACCGAUGAGGACGUCUUGUGUGUUAAAAUUGCAGCCCUUUGCCAUGUACGUAUCUACAUUAUGUCAUUUUGGUAUGCAUAUAUUUAUUUCAAAAAUACACGUAGAAACAAAUAAUUUUCAAGUAAUUUUGAUAGAAACAGGUAAUUAGUAGUUGGUAUACCGGAAGAUCCCCAUGAAGGAAUUUGAUUUGCUUCCUGUAAACACGUUCUGUUGACGUAUUUCCUUAUUUCACAGGACUUGGGUCAUGGUCCAUUUUCGCAUAUGUUUGAUACAAGAAUGAAAAAGAAAUUGAUCCGGUACCAUCAAAGUGAAAUAAAGAGAUUGUCGGAUGAACUAUGUGAAGAUGCGGAUAAGGAAAAAAGUUUAGCAGAACACAGUGACAUGGCAAAAAAACUGGAAGGUUGGGAGCAUGAAGAUGCAUCUUGUAAUAUGUUUGAUUACAUGUUGAAGACCAGCGAUGGACUAGCACGGGCUUUUGAGAAUAGAAAUCUUGGUGAGAACAAGCAAAAACUUAUCAAAGAUCUCAUUAAAGGUAAAAACCCGGCUAGCGCUACAGAUAAUACGAUCACGGAGACAGCUACUGUAGAUGGUAAACCGUGCUCGAAAUGGUUUCUGUUCGAAAUUGUUGCCAAUAAAAUAUACGAAGUUGAUUGUGAUAAGUUUGAUUAUUUUGCCCGCGAUUGCCACAACCUGGGAAUGAAGAGCAAUUUCGAUCAUCUUCGCUAUAUUCACAAUAUCCGAAUAUUGCGAAAAAACGAUGAGUUGCACCUGUCUCCACGUGACAAGCUUUCGUUUAAUAUGUACGAGCUUUUCCAUACUCGCUGGUCAUUACAUCAUCGCGCUUGUCAACAUAAAACCAUUAAUGCCAUCGAGGACAUGAUUACAGAUGCUCUUGUUCUGUUAGAAUGGAAAUACAAGUUUUCCGAAGCAAUAUUUGAUAUGGAGAAAUAUUCCAAGCUCACCGAUAGCAUAUUCUACGAAAUCUUGCGCAGCAGUGAUAAAGAUGACAAGACCAAAAAAGCUCAAGAUAUUCUCGAAAGGGUCCAGCGGCGAAAGUUGUAUAAGUGUUACGACCAGUUUCAGCCGGCAAAAAAAGUAGAGAUUGAUGGUUUGAAAGCUGCAGAAGAAAUAGCGUUAUUAUCCGAAGGUCGCCUAGAUCCAAAUGAAUUAUUUGUCAACUUUGUUGAUAUUCAUUAUGGCAAAAAGGAUCAAGACCCCGUGGAAUCCGCACUAUUUCACAAGAAAAACAGCGAAAAACUUUAUCCAAUACGUAAAGAUGAGGUAAGCAGAAUGCUUCCAAAGAAUUUCUCCGAGCAGUAUGUUUAUCUCUAUGGAAAAGAUCUCCCAACAGGCAACGUCAAAAAAGAGAUUAGUCAGAAAAGUUUUAAAAUCUGGGGAGAGAAAUAUAAAUCCGAGGAAGAGAAAUAUAAAUCUGGAGAAGAGAAAUAUAAAUCCUGGGGAGAGAAAUAUAAAUCCAACUCACAUUAUAGCCCAUGGCCAGCUGUUGCAGCAAUAUUCCUUGGCGGAGCAGGAAUAUUGAAAUACCUACUUAAAAAAGCAUAA